CGGCGUCCGACGGCUUUCUGGGGGAGAGAAGUCGAAGACCGAGAGUUGGUCCUAAUGGCAGGUGAAGAAAUUAAUGAAGACUAUCCGGUAGAAAUUCAUGAAUAUUUAUCAACAUUUGAGAAUUCCAUUGGUGCUGUGGAUGAGAUGCUGAAGACUAUGAUGUCUGUUUCUAGAAAUGAGUUGUUGCAGAAGUUGGACCCACUUGAACAAGCGAAAGUGGAUUUAGUUUCUGCCUACACAUUAAAUUCAAUGUUUUGGGUUUACUUAGCAACUCAAGGAGUUAAUCCUAAGGAACAUCCAGUAAAGCAGGAAUUGUUUAGUGUUGCCUUUAAGGUGUACCAUUUCAGUUUGGCAGCUACAAUAAAUGACCGAAGGAAAUUGAAGAUGAUAAUUCAACAUUUCAAGAUGCUUCUGCUGAAAUGAAUGCAGGCCUAUCCAGGGCUUGAAUUUAAAGUUUACAGUAAUACAGCAUUUUAAAGCCAAGUACCCAGGAAAUUCAUGGUGAUAUGAUUUGAAUGAGAUGAUGAGGAGAAAUAGGAAAGAAUGCCUUCAAUUCCUUGUUCUGUAGGUAUUAUCUAUUGAGAAGCUAUGUUGAAAAAUGUUAUCGUAAAAAGAAAGGACAUUUGUUAUACACAGUUUGCUAUAAGAGUGUAAUUCAUCUUGGACCUUAUCGAAAAAGAUUUAGUUAUUAAAGUAACAAAAUUAUUAUAAGAAGAAGUUGCUUUCAAUUUAGUGCAAUAGCAGUGGAUUGCCUGUAGAACAUGUUGUAAUGUAUUGGGUGGUUUUUUGUGACUUUGCUCUCUCCAGUAAUGCAUCCCUUGACUUAUUGAAACUGAAUUCAUUUGCUACUCUAGUCUGAUACUUUCUUUUCUAUUAUUUUUCCCCUUAAGAAAAAUCAUUAUUUAAGAGUAUGUAUAGUAGUUGCUGGUUUUUGACAUUUGUGGCUUUUUAUAUUUGUGAUUUUUACUAUUUAUGAGUGACAUGUAUGUAUGUAUCUAUUUUCUUUGAGACAGAGUCUCACUUUCCUGCCCGGGCUACAGUGUUCUGGUGGCAUAGCUCACAGCAACCUCAAACUCUUAAGCUUGAGCAAUCCCUUUACCUCAGAGUAGCUGGAACUGCGGGUGCCCGCCACAACCCGUGGCUAGUUUUUCUACUUUUAGUGGAGACGGGGUCUCACUCUUGCUCAGGCUAUUCUUGAACUUCUGAACUCAAGCAAUCUACUGCCUUUGCCUCCCAGUAGGAUUAUAGGCGUGAGCCACUACGCUUGGCUGUGAGUGACUUUUAGAAGUCUAUGGAGUGUUUCGUAAUUUUGCCACGGGACAAUUUUUGUUUUAAGUUUCAAAUUAAUAUGAGGGUACCAAUGUUUAGGUUACAUUGUUUUCACUUAUAAGGUAAAGUUCAAGUGUAGUUGAGCCCUUCACCUAAGGGGUAUGCUGACAUCCUCACGUUGUGCACAGUAAGUGAAAUCUCACCAAUGGUCCUCUCGCCAUUGCCCUCCCACCAAUCACCAUGGCACAAUCUUAAUUCCUUCUAAUUCCAUGCAGGAAGGCAUUACUCAGCUAAUGAUUUAGUUUAGCUAACCUCUCAGCAUCACACUUUUUCUCCUCACUUAUAGUCUUAUUCAUUUAUUCACUUGUUAAAAUGGCUGAUUUUAGUUGAAUUGUACACAUAGUCCCCUAAAAUUCAUAUUGUAAAGCCCUAAGUCUCGAGAACUCCUAAUGUAACCUUAUUUAGAGAUAGGGUAUUUGCAGAUGUAAUUAGUAAAGAUGAAAUCCUAAUCCAAUAUGGCGGCCUUAUGAAAAGGAGAAAUUUGGACACAGACAUAUGUGCACAGGGAAAGGGUCAUGUGAAGCUGAAGGCAGAGAUUAGGGUGAUGCUUUUAUAAGCCAAAGAAUGCCGGAGAUUGCCAGCAAACCACCAGAGGCUUGCUAAGAAGCCUGGAGCAGCUUCUCACAGCUCUCAAAAGGAACCAAGUCUGCUGACACUGACUUUGGACUUGUAGCCUUCAGAACUGUGAGACAACGCGUUGCUGUUGUGUAAGUCACCUGGUGUGUGAAGCUUUGUUACGGCAGCCCUAGCAAACAAAUAGCAAUGUCUGUCAGAUGAAGGGAAACCACUAAAGAGAUUAAUAACUUAGGGAAGUAUGUGUACAAAUCUUCGAUGGAAAUGUAAUAAGGAUGAAAAUGUAAUAAGAUCUCAGGACUUAAGACUUGAAAUGUUGAGUGUCUGGUAUAUUUUCUGAAGCUGAAAUGUUCGCCCUUUUAACUGAUAUUGUCAGUUAUGACGGAGUGUGCCAUCUGUAAAACUCUUACCUUGGUUUGGAAAAACCUGUUUAAAGAAAAUCCUGUCAGGUUACCACGGAGAGGAGAUUUCUCACCAGGCCUAUUAUGUGCCCUGUGGUCUUUUCCUUCUGUAACACAGCAGUCAGGUUCAAACAAUGAAAAUAAAUAAAUACAAC